GGUGACAACCAUUCACAUGAGACGGACUUGCACAUGUUAUGCUUGUGUUGUUAUUUUUGAAACAGCCCGCGACGCUGGGAACUGAACUGUGGAUAUAUCCAAACAUUAAAUCUGAAGCUACAAUGCUAACGUUAGCAACGGCUGGCUAGCUAGCUAGCUGGCUAGCAAGCAAGUAAGUCAGCUAGCAAGCUUCCUCGGCUGUGGCGUUUCCAGAUGAGGGGCGACUGGGCGUCGCUGUCAUCGCGUGGUGUUAUAAACUUGCGUCGGCGCCGGUCGCUUCGCCGACAGCUCCUCGUUGUUUGUUGUGGUCGUCGACAGGACGAGGAGGAGUGAGCCGUCGCUGAAUGUAAGCACCCCGUCGUCCCCUUAGCUCGCCCGUUAGCAGCAGCAACAGCUGUUGUUGUUGUUGUUGUUGUUGUUGUUGUUGUGGUUGUUAGUCACUGCUGUUGGGGGUGGCGGCACGGUCGAGCUAGUCGCUGCUGAAUGGGGUGGAGUUCUCAUUAGCAUCGCCGCGCAGGGCUCGAGUAUCCGGAGGCGUCUUGUCUUGUUGGCAGCACGACAACGACGCUGGUGUGUCACACAAGAUGUUGCUGCGGAGUUGCUGGAAAUCUCGACAUAAAAACGGCCCCGGCCCCGGCCCGGCUCCCUCCCCCGCUGCCGGCUGGGUCCGACCGGGACUGGCCGCCCUGCUCUGGCUGUGUGUGACCCAGGCCCCCUGCGGCGGCGGGGCGGUGUCGGAGACCAAGAACGUGGUCCAGAAGGACGCGGAGUUCGACGUUACCUACAACGACACGGUCACCAGUGACAACCAGACCAUCUAUGCGUUCAAUCACACUGUCUCCAGGAACAAGACUGAAGGAGUGCACGUGUCCGUGGAUGUGUUGUCGCAGGCGCUGGAGAGUCCGUUCCUGUUCGUGGUACGGCAGAAGCACGGCGUGCUGUCUUUCCAAGUCCCCCUCAUCCUCAGGGGCCUCUACCAGAGGAAGUACACCUACAGUCAUGUGGGCCGAACUUUGUGCCAGCCUCCGACACGGGCCGCCUCUGAAACCCAGUACUUUUUUUUGGACGUGUCCACGCUGUCGAGCCUGGGUACAAACUACCAGCUUAGGGUCAGCCGUGUUGAGAGGUUCACCCUUCUGACAGACACGAAAUUCAGUUUCACCGCAUCACCAUCCCAGCCUCAGUACUUCAAGUACGACUUUCCAGACGGGGUGGACACUGUGAUCGUCAAGGUCAACUCAGACAUGGACUUCCCCUGCUCAGUGAUGUCCAUUCAGGACAUCCAGUGUCCCGUCUACGACCUUGACAACAAUGUGGCCUUCAUUGGGAUGUACCAGACUAUGACCAAAAAAGGUGCCAUCACUGUGCAGAGAAAAGAUUUCCCCAGCAACAGUUUCUACGUGGUGGUAGUGGUAAAAACUGAGGACGAGGCAUGCGGAGGUCCGCUGCGCUUUUACCCGCUGCGACCCAAUGAGCUGAUCGAUGCCGGCAACCGCAGCAAGGUCCUCGACGUGGUGGUGUCCCCCGCCAUCAACUCGAAAGUGUAUGUGAUGGGAAUGCUGUUCUGUCUGGGAAUCUUCUUCUCCUUCUACCUGCUCACCUUCUUCAUGGCCUGUCUGGAGAACAAGCAAAUGAGUAAGAAGAGAGACGUCUUUCCGAUUCCCGCUGACACUUCGCCUGCUGAGACAGCCUCUCUCCUCGGGACGAACGGAGACGGCAAGACUGCCGCCUCACCGUAUGAAUAUGGCUCCUUUGCUGACAACGGCAGCACACUGAGCUCCGAGGCCAUCACCGACAGCGCCACCUCAACUGAUAACAACUAUGGAUACCUGGGACAGGAGUCUUUCAAACGUCGACCUAUCAUCGGUCACCUCCACCACAUAGCCGUCCGCAUCGAGCGAUCGUUGGACAGUGUCGGACGAAGCCGGCAGGAGUCUCUGAGCUCAGUUGAGGAGGACGACUAUGACACGCUGGAUGACAUCAACUCGGACAAAAAUAUAGUCCGCACCAAGAAAUUUCUGUGUGUGUCUGACCUUGCCCGCAAAGACAAGAGGAUCCUCAGCAAGAAAUACCAAAUCUACUUCUGGAACAUCGCCACCAUUGCCGUGUUCUACGCCCUGCCGGUCGUCCAGUUGGUCAUCACCUAUCAAACGGUUGUCAACGUCACAGGAAACCAGGACAUUUGCUACUACAACUUCCUGUGUGCCCACCCCCUGGGAGCCCUGAGCGCAUUCAACAACAUCCUCAGUAACCUUGGUUACGUGAUGCUGGGACUCCUCUUCCUCCUUAUUGUCCUCAAGAGAGACAUCGUCCACAAUCGGGCCCUGGUCCGCAACGAUCUUCACGCGCAUGAAUGUGGUAUCCCCAAGCACUUUGGUCUGUAUUACGCCAUGGGAACCGCCCUGAUGAUGGAAGGCUUGCUCAGCGCCUGCUACCACGUCUGUCCCAACUACACCAACUUCCAGUUUGACACCUCGUUCAUGUACAUGAUCGCUGGGCUGUGCAUGUUGAAGCUGUAUCAGAAGAGACACCCAGACAUCAAUGCAAGCGCGUACACCGCCUACGCCUGCCUGGCUGCAGUCAUCUUCUUUUCUGUGCUGGGAGUUGUUUUCGGGAGGGGAAACACGGUUUUCUGGAUCGUUUUCUCAGUGAUCCACAUUCUGGCCACGCUCCUCCUCAGCACGCAGCUCUACUACAUGGGCCGCUGGAGGCUCGACUCUGGGGUCCUGCGUAGGAUGGUGAACAUCAUCUACACAGAUUCCAUCAGACAGUGCAGUGGACCUAUGUACAUUGACCGCAUGGUUCUGCUCGUAAUGGGGAACAUAGUCAACUGGUCCCUAGCUGCCUACGGCCUCAUAGAGAGACCUAAUGACUUCGCCUCCUACCUGCUGGCCAUCGGCAUCUGCAACCUGCUGCUCUACUUUGCCUUCUACAUCAUCAUGAAGCUGCGGAGUGGCGAGAGAAUCAAGUGUCUGCCGUUGGUGUGUAUUCUCUUCACGGCUGUGGUUUGGGGAUUCGCGCUGUACUUCUUCUUCCAGGGCCUCAGCACCUGGCAGAAAACACCAGCAGAGUCCCGCGAGCACAACAGGGACUGUAUCCUGCUUUCGUUUUUUGACGACCACGACAUCUGGCACUUCCUCUCCUCCAUCGCCAUGUUUGGAUCCUUCCUGGUCCUGCUGACCAUGGAUGACGACCUCGACACCGUCCAGAGAGAUAAGAUCUACGUCUUCUAGAUUGGUCAGUUCUUCUGCGAUGAGCUCAGCUCCUCCUCUCUGCCUUACUGUCCUUCUUUCUCCGUUUGCGUCUCCCUCACGUUCUCAAAGAGCACAGCCAGUAGCCUUUUUUUUUUUAAUGCUGGGCGUGUCUCCGCCCUCUCACAGCCAAUCAGCCAGUUAGUACUGGGGUGUAAGCCCCUCCCCCUCCACUUGUAUGGACACUGUUUUGCCAAUGAGUCGCUGGAUCACCAUCGAGUGACGCUGAAGUGUUUUGUCCUCUCGCUGCCACCAUCGAUAUAACUGUUGUCAUCGAUGUUUAUUUACUGCUGACGAUGAAGAUAACAAUGUACACACUCGCAAAAAAAACGUAUUUUAUACUGUCCAUAUUACAUUUGACCUAUGAAUCAAAAAUGCAUUUUUAAAUUGCUGUUUAUAUGCUGUGUGUGUGUGUGUGUGUGUGUGUGUGUGUGUGUGUGUGUGUGUGUGUGUGUGUGUGUGUGUGUGUGUGUGUGUGUGUGUGUGUGUGUGUGUGUGUGUGUGUGUGUGUGUGUGUGUGUGUGUGUGUGUGUGUGUGUGUGUGUGUGUGUGUGUGUGUGUGUGUGUGUGUGUGUGUGUGUGUGUGUGUUUACAACAUGACAACAUGAAUCAUGUCCAGUCUGUCAGUGGCCUUUAAUGUUCUAAUCAUGUACUGUGCUCUGAGUGGUCAGUUCCUCGAGCCAGCCGUCCUUCUCAUAGGAGAGUAUCGAUGAUGAUAAUAAUGAUUGUAUUUACUUCUUGACUGCAAAGGUAUUUUUUUUGCACUGUACUGUAUAAAAAAACAGAUUUUAAUGUCAAGCGUUGCAAUGAGCGGUUACUGAGUAAAAGUCUCAUUUUCA